CUUAGCUUCGUAGCCGCCAACUAAUGGACCUUCCUCGUUUCCUUCUCAACGCGUUGAGUACUCUUGGUCAUUAAGUUUGCAACCAACUGGAUCUUCAUAGAAAUUUCGUAUUCCGACUCAUUGUUGCUGUAUAUAUAUAUAUAUCUAUACGCAUCGUAGGGAGCCAAUCCUUCAAUCGACUUCUUUUCUCCCGUUCAUGGACUUUGCUGCUUGCUUCCUCGCCCCAGGCCGCCGCAUCACCUUGCCUCACAAGAGAUGGCGCGUGGCGAUGACUGUCAUCUACUCGUGCCGCACCAUCUGCACCCUUGCGAAGAAAAAGCUCAGCGCCGUCCUCCGCAGCCCAUCCUACGUCCUCCUCGACAUCGACGGCGCCGAUCACCAAAGCGAAACUCCGGUCUUUGACGUCGAUGCCGAGGUCCUGUCGACCGUCGUCAAGGAGAAGAAGCUUGAUGACUUGCACCGGCUCGGCGGAGUCAGCAUGCUGGCUGGCAGGUUGGCUUGUCAUGCAGAGGCCGGGAUCGCCGGCGGCAUUGGUGAUCUUCGCCGGAGACAGGAGGUGUUUGGUUCGAAUACAUAUCCGAAGCCCAAGCCUAAGGGGUUCUUUUGGUUUGUGUAUGAAGCGCUUAAUGAUUUCUUCCUCCUCAUCCUUAUUGCUUGCGCUGUUGUCUCUCUUGGAUUUGGAAUCAAAGAGCAUGGCAUUAAAGAUGGCUGGUACGAUGGCGCCAGCAUUUUCCUUGCCAUCUUCUUGGUCGCCGUCGUCUCCUCCAUCAGCAACUUCCGCCAGAUGAAGCGCUUCGACAAGCUCGCCGGCGAGUGUAGCAACAUCCACGCCAAUGUCAUCAGAGAUGGCCGGCGGCAGGACGUGUCCAUCUUCGACAUUGUCGUGGGGGACAUCGUCUUCCUCAAGAUCGGCGACCAAGUCCCCGCUGAUGGCCUCUUCCUCGAAGGCCACUCUUUGCAAGUCGACGAAUCCAGCAUGACCGGCGAAUGCCACCCCAUCGACGUCGACGCCCAAAAGAACCCCUUCCUCACCUCCGGCGUCAAAGUGGUGGAUGGUUACGCUCGAAUGCUCGUCACCGCCGUCGGCAUGGACACUACAUGGGGAGAGAUGAUGAGCACCAUCACCCGCGAGACCACCGAGCCGACACCGCUCCAGGAGCGGCUCCAAAAGCUCACGUCGAGCAUCGGGAAGAUCGGAAUUGCGGUCGCCGUCUUAGUCUUCGCAGUCCUGAUGAUCCGCUACUUCACCGGAAGCACCACAGAUGAGAACGGCCGGCCAAAGUUCGACAGGAGAAAGGUGACGGCCGACGGCGUGAUCAGCGCCAUAGUGGAGAUAUUCCAGCAGGCGGUCACCAUCAUCGUCGUCGCCAUCCCCGAAGGCCUUCCCCUGGCGGUGACUCUGACUUUGGCCUUCUCCAUGAAGAGGAUGAUGAAGGAUCAUGCAUUGGUGCGGAGGCUCUCAGCGUGCGAGACGAUGGGCUCGGUGACGACCAUCUGCACCGACAAAACAGGGACGUUGACAUUGAAUCAGAUGAUGGUCACCACGUUUUGGGUUGGCGAAGAAAGGGUCGAGAGGGGCGGCGCCGCUUCCAUUGAUGGAAGAAUUCUCCGCUUCAUCCACCAAGGAGUUGGGUUGAACACUACCGGUAGUGUUUACAGGCCUAAUUCCGUUUCAGAGCCAGAGAUCACCGGCAGCCCAACAGAGAAAGCGCUUCUUUCUUGGGCACUUGAGCUUGGGAUGGAUGUCGAGGAGUUGAAAAGAAGCUGCGACAUUGUCCAUGUCGAGGCCUUCAAUUCGGAGAAGAAGCGAAGUGGAGUUCUGGUGAAGGAGAACGGAAGGGCGGCGACGAUCGCACAUUGGAAAGGAGCUGCAGAAAUGAUUCUUGCUCGGUGCUCGAACUACAUUGAGACAAAUGGCAUGAUUCGAGAAAUGGAUGCUGAGAAGAGAAGGAUGUUUGAUCUCAUUAUCAAGGACAUGGCAGCUUGUAGCCUUAGAUGCAUUGCCUUUGCCUGCAAGGAGUCUGAAGCAGAGGAUGUUCGAAAGCUUGAUGAUGAGAGGCUAACUUUGCUGGGAUUGGUUGGCCUGAAAGAUCCAUGCCGGCCCAAAGCGAGAUCGGCAAUUCAAGCUUGUCGAAGUGCUGGAGCCGCCGUCAAGAUGAUAACAGGUGACAAUGUCUUCACAGCCAGAGCGAUCGCCGCCGAAUGCGGAAUACUCAGAGAUGAUGACUUGGAUGGACUGGUGAUCGAAGGGGAAGAGUUCCGAAACUAUUCGAUAGAGAAGAGAUUGGAAAUGGUGGAUAGAAUCCGAGUGAUGGCAAGGUCAUCUCCAUUCGAUAAGCUGCUGAUGGUGCAGUCCUUGAAGCAGAAGGGCCAUGUUGUUGCAGUCACUGGAGAUGGGACAAAUGAUGCACCAGCACUCAAGGAAGCUGAUGUUGGGCUCUCCAUGGGCAUCCAGGGCACAGAGGUGGCCAAGGAGAGCUCGGACAUCAUAAUAAUGGAUGACAACUUCGACACCGUCGUCACCGUCAUGAGAUGGGGAAGGUGUGUCUACACAAACAUUCAGAAAUUUCUUCAGUUUCAGCUCACAGUGAACAUUGCAGCACUGGUCAUAAACUUCGUGUCGGCGGUCGCUUCUGGUGAAGUUCCAUUGACUACCGUUCAGCUCUUGUGGGUGAACUUGAUCAUGGAUACCAUGGGAGCUCUGGCAUUAGCUACUGAUAGACCAACAAAGGAAUUGAUGCAAAAGCCACCUGUAGGACGAACCGAGCCACUAAUCAGCAACAUCAUGUGGAGGAACAUUACAGCACAGGCUCUCUUUCAGAUAGCAGUUCUACUGGUGUUCCAGUUUGCAGGGAAGUCCAUAUUUGGAGCAAGUGAAAAGAUCAACAACACAAUGAUCUUUAAUACGUUUGUGUUGUGCCAAGUCUUCAAUGAAUUCAAUGCGAGGAAGCUGGAGAAGAAGAAUGUGUUUGAGGGGAUUCAUAGGAACCAACUCUUCUUGGGGAUCAUUGCAGUGACCUUGAUCCUGCAGGUGAUGAUGGUGGAGCUGUUGAAAAGGUUUGCCGAUACAGAAAGGUUAGACUGGGGACAAUGGGGUAUUUGCGCUGGUAUUGCAGCUAUCUCAUGGCCAAUUGCUUGGAUUGUAAAGUGUAUACAUGUUUCUACCACACCAGUCUCUGACCUUCUUGCUCUCUGUAAAGUUUUCUAGUAUGAUUCUUUUAUUUUUUGUUAUUUUCAUUCUUUUUUUUUUUUCUAGUAUCUGUUUACUGUGAUAUGUAGAUAUGCUCAAUACAUUCUUUUAGUUGUUAUGUCUUAUAUGAUUCAAUUAAUGUUUCAUGUUAGACGAAUGGAUUUAGUUGCUC